UGGCUCUGCACCGUCCAUUUCAUACGAUAGCAAAGAUAUUUCCUUUACCACUUCACAGCGCAUGUGAAAAUAUAAAUUGCGGCGGUCUGUACCCACCUCAUUGAGUGCCACCCACGACUGCCCCGCCACCACGCACCCUGCUACUCACCGGACAUGUCUUCUAGUCCAUCGGAAAGCGGGACUCCUACUCCUGUACUCGAUCUUGCAUAUAUCGAGGAAGACGUGCUAAAUCCGAUCGCAGUCGAGAAACUUCAGUCCACUCUUUCGAAAUUGGAAAGGACAGGAGGAGCACCAGGAUGGCUCGCCAGGAAGUUGCUUUCUGCGGGAGAUUGGGUUGAACGAGAAGUUGAGGAACGGCGACAAAUGAUUGGGGGUAUUGAUAAUCUCUGGCUCUCUUGAGGGAUACUACCUCUGACUUCAAUCCGGUUUGUGCAUGCACGUACGUUCUGCGAGGAAAAGUCUCGUUGGAAAUGCUUCGACGUGCUAUGAUGCGUACGGACAAGAAAUUUCCUAAAUAUCAUCAGAGACUGACCUCAGUCGGGCGCAAGUUCCAUGGCACACGAUUCGAAGAUGAUCCUCACUUCGACAUGAAUAAUCACCUCCUUAUGUCACGACUUCCUGAACCAGCGGGCAAGCGCGAACUUGAUGACUCUAUGGGUAGGUUUAUUGCGCAAGAUUGGAAUUUGACCAGACCACUAUGGGAAAUGGUAAUCCUCGAGAACUACCACGAUGAAGACGGUGGAGAGUGCGCGAUGGUAUCCAGAGGUCAUCACACACUUGCUGAUGGGCAAGGAUUUGUCUUAAGCCAGCUUUAUAUGACGUCUUAUUACGAGGAACUCACGAAGGCCAUGAACAACGGUGCUCGCACUUUACAUGCAGCCAGGCGCGGAACUCUCCUUCCUUCAAAGGUUCACCCAAUACUCCGACCUCUCGAUCCUUACACAGAUCCUUUGAACGUCCUCAUAGCACCUCUCGUCCAGAUUUUCCUCGCCUCGCUCUUCUGGCUCACUUACGCUUUCUCGCUCCCCGUAUCCUUCUUCUUCAGCGUCUACCAAGCUCUACUUCAAAUAACGAUGUUCAUCCUUACCUGCCGGCGCGUGGAAAUGCUCACAGCUCCACAGUAUGGCCGUCGGGUACAUGAACGGGAGUUUUCGAGUUCGAAAGUUGUCGAUAUGAACGAUAUUCGACUUUGCCAACAAGCAUUUUCUGGAUUGUAUCCUGGAAGUGUAGUGGAGAAGGAGAAGGGUCGACGAGAUAAAGUCAGGCACGUCACGUUGAACGACGUGAUGUGUUCUGUGAUGGCUGAUGUGCUCGCUGAGGAGGUCAUUUCAAAACCACAGGACACCAGUAUAUCAGGACGCGUGAGGAAGAUGCUCGCGAAAUAUUUACCAUCGCCAAUUGGGUUCUUUAUUCCGAUCAGCAUACGAAACCCGGGGGACUGGUCGUUGCGGAAUCUCUCAACCGGUUCCAUGGUGUACUUGUAUCCAAUGUCUCCGGACACUAGUAUUGGGCCGGGGACGCUUUAUGAUCACAUACACCGAUGUCGGUCGGCACUCUCAUUACUCAAGCAUAGUCUUUUUCCCCGCAUCCUUUUCUACAUUAUGCAAGUUACUGGUCAGGUUCCAACUCUUUGGCCGGUACCAUUUGGGCUUUUGGAUAGUUCGAAGAACCUUGUGAGGAAGUGGGUACUCGUGCCGUUGAUUGAGUGGUCAUUGCGGUCGUUUCCUGUGGUACUAACGAAUGUACCCGGACCAGCAAAGAACACCAUCACACUGGAAGGUAUUGAGGUGAUGUGCUGGAUGGCGCUCCCAUCGCAAAGCGGCACAGGUACCAUUGGAGUGGGAAUCAUCUCAUAUGCAGGCGGACUCUGUAUCUCGGUCGCAGCGGACAAAGUACCUGCAUCAGAAGGUGUAACGAGGCGAAUAUGCGAACGUUUUGAGAGGAGAUUCGAUUGCUAUGUAAGAUGUGCAAAGGAGGUGAUUGAGCAUCGGGAUUAAAAUACAUGAAGACAUGAUACUAUGGCACGGACAAGUUAUACUGUUUGGAUAUACUGCUAUAAUCUAACCAUGAUCUUCCUCAAUUCAUGAAAAUUUCUUGCUUCAUACAAGUCUCUGAUAUUUGUCGCCUCUCAUCGCAUAAGCCAUCUUAGUUACUUAGUAGCACGAGUUUAGAUUUAAUGCCAGGCUGAUGUUCUUUCAUAUGCCUCACAUAUGACUGCAGAAAACAAUACUCACAGCUUC